UUUCAGUCCCACCCUUUUUCUUUUUACCAUUCAAAAUCAUUGCCCUUUGGUAAUUUUAGGACCCUUUUUAUUAUAUUUUACUAUUACACACCCAGACCAAGAAAAACAAAAAAGAAAAACCCAAACAAACAAAACAACAAAAAAGAAAAUAGAAUCGUUUUCCUCGUUUGAUUCCAACCAACCCAAAUUUCAUGCUUUUAUACAUUGCUUUCCUUUGCCUCUUCAAUAAUCAGUGAGCAAUGGAGAUUUUGUGUGCAAAACGGUUGGGCCAAUAUCCAAACAAUUAUCAGAGAGUCUCUAAUUUUCAAAAGGUUUCCAAGGUUCAGAAGAAGGAAAGGGCUCAAGAAAAACUUGAAAGUGAAAGUAAUAGAUCAAAAUCAGAAAAGGAAGAGGAUGGCCAUGCUCUGUCAUCAGAGACGAGAACAAAGCUUUCAUCCAAGAAAGUACAGAAUAUUCAUGAUGUUGAGUUCUCACGUGAUCAAAGCAAUCCAAAGAAGCGCCGCAGUGCCUCAAACAAGAAAAGACGUUCUGAAGAUGAUUGUUUUAGCGACGAGUUUGAAGAAGAUGAAGAAACAAUGUUUCUUGUUAAGGCGAGAUCACGGAAAAGAAUUAGGAAUUUGGAUAGUGUGAUGACUGAAAGAAAUUCAGAUGAUGCAAGAGAGAAAAAUUAUGAGUCAAGGAAUGGUAAUGUGUGUACUGGAAGCAAGGAGAGAUGCAGUCCAAUAAAUGUGAAUGGUAAUGGAGAAGAUCGCUUAAAAUGCCAUCAGUGUAUGAAGAAAAAGUUGGUUGUUGUUCCUUGCACUAAGUGUAAGAAGAAAAUGUAUUGCAUCCAGUGUAUCAAGCAAUGGUACCCCCACUUAGAAGAAGAAGAAGUUUCGAUGCUUUGCCCAUUUUGCCGUAGAAACUGCAACUGUAAUGUGUGCUUGCACUCAAGUGGGAUGAUUAAGACUUCAAAGAGGGACAUACCCAGUCAUGAAAAGAUUCACCAUCUCCAGUAUUUGAUUUGUUCUUUGCUUCCGUAUUUGAAACAAAUUUGUGAAGAACAAACUAAGGAAAUGGAGAUUGAGGCUAAUAUUCAAAGGAAAUCAUAUUCUGAAAUUGAAGUACAACAAACCAUUUGUUAUAAUGAUGAGCGUAUCUUUUGCAAUCAUUGUGCAACUUCAAUUGUAGACCUUCAUCGAAGCUGCCCAACAUGUUCUUAUGAACUCUGUCUCAGUUGCUGUGAAGAAAUUCGAAAGGAAAAUCUUACAAGCCGUGGCAAAAUGAAGUUUCAAUACAUCAACAAGGGCUAUGAUUACAUGCAUGGUGGAGAUCCUCUACCCGAAUCAUGUCUUUUAAAAACUUCUAAGGAACAUGUUAAGUCCUUUAUCAAAUGGAGUGCCAAUGGUGAUGGAAGUGUUACUUGUGCUCCAAAGGAAAUUGGUGGGUGUGGUGAAUGUGUAUUGGAGCUCAGGCGUAUCCUUCCACUGGGGUGGAUUUCAAGUUUAGAAACCAAAGCAGGAAAUUUAUUGGAGAUGUUUAGAGCUCAACCUACAAAUUUUAAGCAUAAAUGUACUCGAAAGAGCAUGAAGAUUUUCCGAAGAGCAGCUUCUAGAGUAGAUUGUGAUGACAAUGACUUGUACUGUCCAUCUUCAAGGGACAGUCUUCUAGAAGAAGAGCGUUUGCACUUCCAACAGUGUUGGACUAAAGGUGAACCAGUUAUUGUUCGUGAUGUUCUUGAACAGACAGCUGGUUUAAGCUGGGAGCCAAUGGUCAUCUGGCGUGCGUUAUGUGAAAGUGUGGAUUUGGAUAUCAGCUCAAAAAUGUCAGAAAUGAAGGCCAUUGAUUGCCUGGCUGGUUGUGAGGUGGAGAUUAAGACCCGUGAAUUUUUUCAAGGCUAUAUGGAAGGUAGAACAUACUAUAACUUUUGGCCUGAGAUGCUUAAACUAAAGGACUGGCCCCCCUCUAACAAGUUCGAGGAUUUUUUGCCUCGUCAUUGUGAUGAAUUUAUCCGUGCAUUGCCAUUUCAAGAGUACACAGAUCCUAGGUCAGGCCUCCUUAACUUAGCUGUCAAGUUGCCUCCUGGUGUGUUGAAACCAGACCUGGGUCCAAAAACAUAUAUCGGAUACGGGCUCGCAAAGGAGCUUGGAAGAGGGGACUCUGUAACUAAGCUUCAUUGUGAUAUGUCAGAUGCGGUGAAUAUUUUGACACAUACAGCAGAAGUAGUGUUGAGCGACAAGCAGCGCUCAGCAAUUGCAACCUUAAAAGAAAGGCACAGGGCCCAAGAUUGGAAGGAGCGUCUAGAUCGAGAGGAGUUAAGCUGUCCAACUGAAAAACUUGUUCAUAGCAACGGUGAGGACAUGGAGGUCCUAGAAAUUGCAGAUAUGAGCAAGCAUCCAUCUGAUUUUGAUGGUAAAAUUGAGAUGUCAAAAGGUGACAUAGAAGGGGCUACUUGUCCUGGUUUCUCCACAGAACAAGAAACAGAAGAAACAGGCAGCGCUUUAUGGGACAUUUUUCGGAGGGAAGAUGUUCCUCAAUUAGAGUCAUAUCUUAGAAAGCAUGCAAACGAAUUUAGGCACACCUAUUGUUCACCUGUUGAACAGGUUGUCCACCCAAUUCAUGACCAAUCCUUUUAUUUAACUUUGGAGCACAAAAGGAAGCUAAAGGAAGAAUUUGGUGUUGAACCGUGGACCUUUGUGCAAAGGCUUGGGGACGCAGUAUUUAUACCUGCUGGAUGCCCGCACCAAGUUAGGAAUCUCAAGUCAUGUACAAAAGUUGCUGUUGACUUUGUCUCUCCUGAAAAUGUUCAUGAGUGCCUCAGAUUAACUGAGGAGUUCCGACAACUCCCUAUUAACCACAAGGCCAGAGAAGAUAAACUUGAGAUCAAGAAAAUGAUCAUCUAUGCAGUUGACCAAGCUAUUACUGAUUUAGAAGCCUUGGUACCACCAACCCAUAAUUAAGUAUUUUGUAAGCUGCCCUAACUCAGCAUUGGAGGAACUAAAUAAUUAGGUUCUUUUGUAGAUAUAGUAAAUAGGGAGCUGCCCCAACUCAGACUUGUCCAGUUCCACCAAGCCAUAAUAAAGUAUUUUGGAAGCUGUCCCAACUCAGACUUGGUGGAACUAAAUAGAAAAUGGGGAGCUAGGAGCAGUUUUUUGCCUGCAAACAUUACAUAACUGGCGUGAGAUGGAAGUGCCUUUUUGGAAUAGGGGCUUGACCUUCAUGGGUGGAGGUACACAUUGUAAUAAGUGGGACAAUUACAUGAUGAAAUUUAUUUUGAGGUUUAUAUAAAAUACUCUCUCUCUCCAA